AUGUCUCAACUCGGCGAGAAGCCCAAGACGGCCAUCGUCAUCGGCGCCGGCGCCGGCGGCGUGGCCCUCGCCGCCCGCCUCGCAAAGGCGGGCUUCGCCGUUACCGUCCUCGAGAAGAAUUCCUUCACAGGCGGCCGGUGCUCCCUCAUGUUCCAGGACGGUCAUCGCUUCGACCAGGGGCCGUCGCUUUUCCUCCUGCCGCAGCUCUUCCACGAGACCUUCAGGGACCUCGACACCACCCUCGCCGACGCAGGCGUCGAUUUGCUGCGCUGCGAGACGAACUACAACAUUUGGUUCCACGACGGCGAGCUCUUCAAGCACUCGUCCGACCUCGCGGCCAUGAAGACCCAGAUCGAGCGCUGGGAGGGCAAGGACGGCUUCGAACGCUAUCUCAAGUGGCUCAGGGAGGCGCACACCCAUUACGAGAUCUCCGUUAAGGAUGUGCUUCACCGGAAUUUCAGCAAGUUUGUUGACCUGGCGAGGCCCGGAUUUGUGAGGCAUGUUGUGAACCUGCACCCGUUGGAGAGCAUCUGGAGCCGCGCGAGCAGGUACUUCUGGACCGAGAGGCUGAGGAGAGUAUUUACAUUCGCCGUCAUGUACAUGGGCAUGUCGCCCUUUGACGCGCCGGCGACAUACUCCCUCCUCCAGUACACUGAAUUCGCCGAGGGAAUCUGGUACCCGAGGGGCGGUUUCCAUCAGGUCGUGGCAGCAUUGGUACGCAUUGGGGAGAAGAUGGGCGUCAAGUACCGCCUCAACACGCCAGUAUCCCGUGUCCUGACAGACGGACACAAGGCGACGGGCGUCGAGCUAGAAUCGGGAGAAUCCCUCUCCGCAGACGUCGUGGUGGUGAACGCCGAUCUGGUCUACGCCUACGGCAACCUCCUCCCCAAGACGCCAACCAUCACAGACUACACAAAGUCCCUCCGCAAGCGCGAGGCCAGCUGUAGUUCCAUCUCCUUCUACUGGUGCAUGGACCGCAAGAUUCCCGAGCUAUCCGUCCACAACAUCUUCCUCGCCGAGGAGUACCGCGAGUCCUUCGACGCCAUUUUCAAGCGCCACUCUCUGCCCGACCAGCCCAGUUUUUACUUGAACGUCCCUAGCAGAAUCGAUCCCUCGGCGGCCCCCGAGGGCAAGGACACCGUCAUUGUCCUCGUCCCCGUCGGCCACCUCGCUGAGUCCAAGGGUGAAUCUGGGCUGACGAACGAUCCCAAGCAUUGGGAAGACAUUGUGAACCGCGCCCGCGCCGCUGUCAUUGAGAUCGUCAGUGCCCGGACGGGCUGCGCGCCGCUGACCGACUUCAUCACGCAUGAGACCGUCAACACGCCCCUGACGUGGGAGGACAAGUUCAACCUCGACAAGGGCGCCAUUCUGGGCCUGACGCACGGCAUCUUCAACGUUCUCGCAUUCCGCCCGCGGACUCGCGCCGAGGGUCUGGAGAACGCCUACUUUGUGGGCGCCAGCACGCACCCCGGCACGGGCGUGCCCAUUGUGAUGGCCGGCGCGAAGAUCACAGCAGAACAGAUCCUCGACGACCGGGGGUUGCAAGUGCCGUGGGCCAGAGGGUUUGAUGGCAUUCUGAAGCCGCAGAGCCAGUCACCAGGAAACAAGAAGUUGGACAACGUACGAUAUGGAUACCACUUUGGAUCUGAGGAGGUUGCCAUCCUUUCGGUCGGGCUUGUGCUGGCCCUGAUUUACUUUUAUUUCUGGCCUACCCUGCAACCGUUGUUUUGCUAG